UCAUGGUCCUCUUUGAGAACAAAGGACAAUCAACAGUAAGACUUUGUUCCUCAAGUUCUCAGGGUCUCAGGCUGUAUUCUUGAGGUUGGGGAAGCAGGGGUCUAAGGCCAAAGUCACCCAGCCUUUGCCUGAAGACUAGAUCAGAUAGGUGACUGUAGUUAGGAAAGGAAAACACAUUUGAGGGAGACUGGGACUGUCCUUGGUCCUAAAAUCAGGGCACACCCAGACUGACUCUGGAGAGUGGGAGAUGCAUGGAAAUAAACCCUAAGCAAAUCCCUUUCCCUUUCGGGGCCUUGGUUUCCUCAACAGUAAACUGAGAAAGUUGGCUGACUCCUCAGGGUAUGUUCUGCUUCUUUAGCUUGCCUGAAACCCCUUAAGGGCCCACAGACACAUUGGAUCCUGAAGAACACAGAACACAGGUGGCCCUGAGGCUAUGAGCUUGCUUCUGCUCCCCAGGGGGGAGACUUCAUGGUCUGAGAGGCUGCCCUGGACUGGUCUGUUUGGCAAAGCAUUAGACAGGAAGCCUUACCUCUCUCUGAACCCCAGCAGAACUAAAAGCAACGAUAGGGGAAAGGUGGCAGGAAGUGAGAGGGGAUGGCAGAGUAGCAAAGUAAGCCUGGUGAGCGAUGAGAUGCUGGUCCCUGGAGUUAAGCAGAAGACGGAUGUUAUCAGGGGCUUCUGUUGAGGCACUCGUUAGACAGCGACAGUGGCCGCAACACCUAGGCUGGGCUGGGCCAGUGCGCUCAUUUCCACGGCUAAUGUUGACCAGCUAGCAGGUGACCCACCUGGCAUGACACAGAAGCAGGCACAUCAAAGUCCUGCAAGGCCACACCCGCAUUAGCCCCAGAUUCAUGGAAGAGGCGGGGCCGGGGGCCACCCGUGCACGACUCCCGGUCUCGAAGGCAGCCGCCGUUCGCCAUGGCCGGGAAAACACUCGCCGAGGCGGCCCGACCCGAGGAGGAGGAGGAGGAGGACACAGUGCACCUGCGCGGUAGCGGAGACGAACGGGGCACGGUGCGCCUGCGCAAUGUGGCAGAGCCGCCUCGCGGAGCCGCUGUGCCGGGCUCCCGCCGGGGCUCCCUGCUCGGGACGGUUCUGGCCCCAUCGCGCCGCCCUUCGCUGGCUGCCGCCCCGGGGCUCAGGCCUCGGCGUUCCUCGUUGGGCCUGGCGCUCUCCUCGCUUCCGGGAAACCGACCUCGGCGGGCGCCUGCGCCGGCCUUGGGGGCGUGGCUGAGUCCAGGCCCCGCCCCCGGCGCGCGCUGGGAGGCGGGGCACGCGCAGUGCGCCUUAGAGGCAGUGCUGAGCGGGGCGCUGAACGGCGCGCGCUACUCGGCGGGCGGGGCCGGGGCGCUGGCGCGUGGCCUGUGCGAGCUGGUGCGCAUGCGCAUCCGUGAGCUGCUACCGCCGCGCUACAAGCUGGUGUGCACCGUGGUGGUCGGGCAGCGCGCGGGCCAGGGUAUGCGCGUGGCGAGCCGAGCACUCUGGGACGCCGGCAGCGACGGGCACGCGUCCGCGUCAGUGUGCGCAGGCGCACUCUUCGCCGUGGCCGUGGUGCACGGCGUCUACUGCGAGUGACUGGCGCAGGGCGAGCCCAAUAA